AUGUCGUGCCAGCUCUGGGGGUGGGCUCUGCCCUGGAUGGUUCUCCUGCUUCUCCUGGGUCCCCAGCUUCUGGUGACUCAGGGCCUGAGAGCCCAAGAGGACAAAGACAGAGAUGACAAAAUAAACUUGCAAGACUACUUCGCUGCCACCGUGGAGUACGCUUUGCACACGUUCAACAUGCAAAGCAAGGACUUGAACGCCUACAGGCUGGCACGAAUCCUGAAUUCCUGGACAGAGCAGAUUGUGGGGAUGAUCGCAUUCUCCAUGGAGCUGCUGCUUCGCAGAACCAGGUGUGAGAAAUGGGAAGAGGACAUUGACAACUGCCCCUUCCAGUCAGGUCCACAGCUGAACAAUACAUACAACUGCUUCUUCACCAUCGGCACUCACCCCAGGAAAACGACCUUCCAACUGCUGUACAAGACCUGCUUUGAGGGAUACAUCUGA